CUUUUCAAACUCCAGAUAACCCUCAGGGCUCAGGCUCUUUUCCCACUUUCUUGCUGCAUGCCAAAGGUAUUAUGACUGCUGGUUGAUACAGGAAGACAUAUCUCCAACACAAGCGGACCAGUACUCCUGCUUAUGGAUUGCCACUGCUGUGGGAAGGGAAUCACUCUGUUCCUCCUGCCAUCCUGAAGUUACUUCUAAUACUAAGGGAAAGGAAAAAAACAAUGUGUAUUAAAAUGCAAGAUUAGGAAAGCUUACUUCCUUUAGAAACAGAUAUUCAGAAACAAAAGAAAAAUCUCUCUGUAUAGUGUGCAUACUAAUUUAGCACCUUAAUUUGUUUUUAAUUCCUUAAUUUGCCUUUAUUCAAAUAAAAAGCUAUCAUAUUAACACCACAUCAGCAACAUAAUCCAAUCUUUAUGCCAAACCUGCAUCCAGGAUAGGAUGUCAGUGAAAGGACAAACUUGUCCUAAAGAUUCACCUCUCUCCUGGGAGUCCAUUCAGAUUAAAUACUGCUCUCCAAUUUCCUGAAAGACUUUCUAAAGAGACCACUUUUUACAAAGGUCGUUCACUACCCUCAUUUAGCUUCAGACAAUAUGAUGCUCGUUAGAGCUGGUUAGAUGGAGCCAUCUCCUGGCCAAACCAUGAGGAUGAAUGCAUUUUAUCAACAAAUCAAGAAUUGAACUCUGCUUUGAAAAAUGCUUCCUACACGCUUGUGAUGGUGGGGACUGUUCAAGCAGCAGUAGGUAACCUUUUAAAAACUAAAACCUAAAAGUCUUACAAGUGUACAAUUUGGCAUUCACAGAGUAUAUAUGGCUUAUAAAUAACAAUGAACACUAUUAAUUUUUGUCUCUUUACAGAGAUUAAACAUGGUGGCAGCAGUAGCAGUUCUGAGGGAACAAGGAGGUUGGAAAUAAAUGACUACUUGGCUUGCUGGGACAGAAGAACAACCUCCACUACAAAAAAAACUCACAAAAUGGAGGAGCCUGCCACUGUCAUGUACCAGGAAAAAUGAAAAGUCUCAUGCAGCAUUCUUGUAUGUGUUUUUACGCGCUUAUUAGUACAAAAUAGAGGACCCUAAAAUUCCUCAAAUAUUAAUUAUGAAGGGACAUUAGAAAGUAUCUAUUACAAAUAUUUGCUAGCAAUCAAGACAACCUCACCUUUUAAAAUGGAUGGAUUCCAGAAUGGAGAGAAAAGUUCUAUGGUGUUAUUUUAAAAAACUUGUCUAUGGGCAAAAAGGAAGCACACCACACACACACAUGUGUGUGCGUGUGUGUGCAUGUGCGCGCAAUAGAAGUCUUUACGGUCAAAUUCAAGAAUCAUCAUUCAUCUAGAUCUAAUUCUUGCAGAGAAAUGAAGAAUGACAAUGCAGUUAAAGUACUUACAAUUUCAAUUGUAUUAUUACUAUUAUUAUGACUUUUUCUGUAUGCAGCAUACACACACUUAGUUUCUAUCCCUUUUCCUGAAGUCACACUCACCCUUCCAUUGCUCCUCUUGGUCUUAGGUCAGUAGUUUUGGACUGCUGGAGAGAGUAACACCGUAAGUCAUCAGCCUCUGAAGUCCUUCACUGGGAGCAAUAUGAUGUUAUGUUGCUGGUUUCUUCCUCCCCUCCCCAGGAUCCACUUUGAGUCAUUUGUAUAUGUUUGCUAACAUGCUUUUUACACUUUCUCUUUCUUCAUUGGGUUGCAGCUCCAGGUUACAUCCAAACUCACUAUAUACGGUGCACUUUAUGAUAGAUACUACUACUUUGUUCUCUUUGUUACUAAAACUAGUUUUGUCCAUCCAGGUCUGCAUUUUUUUCUUCUAAUCGACCAUUAGUGAGUUGUUUAUAGCCAUGGGGCCUCCAGUGCCAGCCUGUGCCUCAUAUCUUAUCGUCCCCUGCCUGCACUCCUCUACUCCACACAGUCCCCACUUCUCAAAGCCUCUGCUAUUUCUCCACACUACAUCAUUGUGUUAGAGUCAUAAAUAUUUCAUUCUCCCUAGAAUAACUACUUGUUACUACUAUCUAUAUACAACUAGGGUUGUGCCACACAAAGAUAAACAACAGUAAAAGUAAUCAGCCCUAGACACUCAGUGAAUUAGAGAAGCUGCUGUCACAGUUAAACCAAGUAAAACAAAGCUGCAGGCUGGCCAAGAGAAGUUCAGAGCCAGCCUGGCAAGCCUCAGACCUGAGGCCUUGCAACUCAGUGCACAGCUUAUAGCCUCGUACUAGGAACGGCAAUAGCAUAUUACAGGACUACACGGUUACAGUGGUGCAUGCAAAAAUCAAAGCAAACCUUCUGAGAGGCCUCCUGGCCACCUCACACCCACAACCCCCCUUGUUACAUUGUACUGGGGGUCCUUGGACAUAGUUACAGAUCCGGGGCCUUCCCGGCUUCUCCACCCUUCUUCACAAACACACUGGAAAUAUAUUGCUGUCUCUUAUACCACUCGUCAUUGGUUUACCUUUAUUUCAGCAUUGGCUAUAGCAAUAAGCAAGUCACAACGCUUUCACAAUGCUUUGAGCGUUAACAAAAAAAAAAAGUUUCAAACUUAUUUACACAGGCAUUAGUUACUGCCACGUAAACCACAAAUCUGUCUGUAUAACGUGUCUGUAAGCACAUCUUCCCAUAAUUUGCUUCCAGGUUACAGAGCAGUCCUGCAUGGACUUAAAUGAGUCUUCUGCUUUGCUAUUUCUGCCUUACUUUCUCAAAAGGAUGAAGAUAACUGAUGAUAGUAUUCUGGUUCUGAUCAUAAAGUUUAUCAGCAAGAAAAAUCCUACUGCCUGGACAAAAACUAUUCAGAAUUAGUCUCACCUCUUCUGGAAAUCUAUUCUAUAGCGUGGUCCCUAUGGCCAACAGACUCUUGUCCUGAAGGGCUUGUCUUCUGGAUAGUUUUAGAGGAACCCUGGCAACAUCUGCACCUAUAGCAAAGGCAAGGGAUGUUCAGAGGGUCAGCAGGUCUUGGAGAUAACUGACUUACAUUUGGGAAUACUUUUGUGCCUUUAAAAGUGUGAUUUAGCCAUCUGAAAUAAGUAGGCCUAGAUUUUCAAAGGGAAUCAGGCUUCUAAUUCCUGGUGAAAAUGGUACUAGCCUAAGUGCAACUGAAAUGAUCUUCUAACAGGUAUUAAAUGAAGCAGUUAGGAGCACCUGAGGAUCUAGGAGAUACAAAUCUGAAUUCUUUUUGUCCUAGAUGCAAUGCUGAGUGACACAAUACCUUUCAACUAGGAGCCUAAAACGUAGCACAAAAUUUUGCAAAGAUUCAUCAGCAGAGGCAGGAGAGAGAGACGAUCCGUUCCCUACUAGCCUAUAAAAUGGUAUCAAGUUCAAACUGCAUUAGUCUGAGAUAGUUUCGUUACCAUAGAUGCCUUUGGAUUUUAAGCAAAGUAAAUGCUCCGAGCUACUAAAAGCUGUUGCCACUUUCUCUGCAGCACAAUUCCAUAUGCAGCAUAAAACCAAGACGGGGGGGGGAACACAGCACAAUGACUCCUAAGUUUCUAUUCCCCUACUGGCAGCUAUUUCAGUCUCUUUAGGAAAUUUGGAGGACAGUCGAGGUUUCACUUUCUGAUUCUCAGUAAUUUACACACAGAUCACAUGACGGCUGGAGCACAUAAAAAGCAAUUUGUAACAACAGUGAGCAGCACUCUGUUGCACUCUAAAGCUACCCUAAAGCAGCUGUCAAGACAGGGAAAACCAUGAGUAUCCUUUCCAAGAAUGACAUCAAGAGCACCCUGCUGCAACUGGAAUGUCAUUUUACAUGGAUUUUGCUGAAGGAGGAUGUGGAUCUUGAUAACCUAAAGGACACAACAGGCGAUCAUAUUGAGUUUCACCUUACAAAAUCCAAAGUUGCAAGUUAUAAUAUGCUAUCAUACGUGUGUCACCUAAAGCACUUAAAUGAGGAUGCCCUGAAAAAUCUACAAAAAGCUGAAGAAGAAGUUGAAAAAAAUCAUCCAAAUGAAACUGACAGGAGAAGUCUGGUUACCUGGGGGAACUAUGCUUGGAUUUAUUACUACAUGAACAGAUACAAAGAAGCUCAAACCUAUUUAAGCAAAGUGGAAGACACCUGCAAAAAGCUUUCAAGCACUGCUCGCUAUAAGAUUCAGCUUCCAGAGAUCUAUGCUGAAAAAGGGUGGGCAUUAUUAAGGUUUGGGAGAACAUACUAUGGCAGAGCAAAGGAGUGUUUUGAAAAUGCUUUGAAGGAAGAACCUAACAACCCAGAAUGUAAUGCUGGCCGUGCAAUAGCAAUGUAUCGUUUGCAAAAUGUGUCUUGGCAAAGCUGUAAAGAUGAAAAAUCAUCCCUGGAACCCCUGAGGCGUGCAGUGGAACUGAAUCCAAAUGAUACCUCUCUUGUGGCAUUACUUGCAUUAAAACUUCAGGAUUUAAAUCUAGUUGAUGAAGGGGAGAGAUACAUUGAAGAAGCAAUGAAAAAAACCCCUGAUUUCCCUUUUUUUCUGCGAUAUGCUGCUAAAUUUUAUAGAAGAAAAGGAGACUUAGAUAAGGCACUGGCGUCGCUGAAAAAAGCCCUAGCACUGACACCAACAAGUAGCUUUUUGCAUCACCAGGCAGGACUCUGCUACAGAAGAAAACUGAUUCAACUGGAAAAGGCUGGAAAACAUGCACCCAGAAAGCAAGUGGAAGAACUCAUUCAACUUUGCAUUUUUCAUUUUAAAAUAGCAAUUGAGCAGAAGUCAAUAUUUUUUGUUGCCUACUAUGACCUAGCAAAUAUGUAUGCAAAAGAAAAUAAGUAUCAAGAAGCAGAAGAGACAUUUCAUAAAGCAUUUCAAUUGAUAGAUCGACACACUGCAGAUAAACAAGAACUCUGCUACCAUUAUGGACAUUUUCAGUAUCUUUACAGGAAAUCAGAAUCUGAAGCUAUUAAAUAUUACACAGAAGGGCUGAAAAUUGAGAUUGAUUCCUUUGCAGAACUAACUGCAAAACUGCUUUUUAGCACACUUGGAUUCAUUCAUCAACUAAACAGUCAGAAACUGCAGGCAAUUAAGUGCUAUGAGAAAGCCCUGGAACUGGAUCCUGAAAAUGAAGAAUAUCUGAGUGCAUUGUGCAAGCUACGAUUUUCCAUCUGAAUCUAAAGCUCCCAAGAAUUCCCUCUCACAACCACCCCCUCAAUAAAAAAUUUCAACAGACUCCCAAAACUAUUUUUUUAAGGUUGAAAUUAUAACCAGAUGAAAGACAUAGUAGCAUCACCUUCUGGUGAUAAUGUAGAAAUUGAAAGCAUUGAUUUUUCAUUUGCCAACCUAGAAUAUGCUUGCUAACAUUGAAAAGCUUUGAAUGCUCUUCAAUACUGAUAUUUCUAUAAAGGUUGUGUUUGAGUUAUGCUCUCAAGUACACAAAGCUUCUAAGCUAGAAAUCAUAUCUUCUACUGAGAAAAAGAUUAAAUGUUACAGGAAUACCGCUCCCUGUCUGCAUGAAAGGCAUGAUGAUUCUAAAAUGGACUGGAUAUUUCUGAUACCAUUCCAAACAUCAAUAAAAAUUCUGUUUUAAAUGUUAUUUAGAAAUAGCUCGUGUUGAACACCUGUUUAGUUUACUCUACGUCAUUUGCUGUUAAAUGCCUUUUUGGCUAGUUCACUAGAAAGCUUAUAAAACGUGUAUUAUUGCUGUGAAUUAUUAAAGAGCAUAACAUCAAUCAACUGUUGCUUUUGGUAUCUCUCUGCAGGCCAGUCCUCAUGUUAGCAGAUGAAAGAAAUAGAAACAACCACUUGAAGAAGUAACAGGGAUGAAGUUUUGGCAGGAUAUGAAAGGGUCAGCAGAUAGCCCCAUUUAUUUCACUAGACUCUCAGCAAAGCUGGCUUCGGAGGUGU